CUCCUCCUCCAUUCCUCUCCUCCUUCCUGCAUCCCUCACUCCCUGUCUGCCUGUCAGAAGUCCCACAUAUUCACAGAGGAUAAGAUGCCAUGGGAGCCACGGGAAAGACUGCGCUUUGUAUCUGCUCUGUUCUCUUCAUCCUAACAGCAAGCUCUGAGUUCAUCCACAUGGCUUCAUUAUUCCAUCAUGGUAUUGAAGGAAAGCCACUGCUCCUGUCUGUUGAGACUCACUUCCCGCUGGAUGAAGUUGAGAUCCAGGGAACUUGGUCCCACACUCGGCCGAGCGGUGUCAGAGCAACAUUGGUGACGUUUACCAAACAGACCUCGAUCACCAACAUGAUGCAUCGCAAUCAGCUCCUCUUUAGAGAACCCAACGUUUCUUUGCUAAUCCGGAAAUUAAACCAGGAUGAUGAGGGGGAUUACCACCUGAAUCUCAACAUAGAGUUUCACAACAAGACAGGACUGGUUAUCAAGGAGGAGAGAACUGUGCAUGUAACAGUAGACGUCCCUGUGUCCGUUCCAGUCAUCGGGAAGAGCCCAUCAUAUGCAGUUGUUGAAGACAAGGCAAAUGUAACCUGGACUUGCUCUGUCGAGACAGGAACAAGAGUCGUGUUUCAGUGGCUAAGGAACAACAUUUCAAUGGAUCCCACUGACAGAUACCACUUCUCCCAAGACAACUCUACAUUGUUUAUCAGUCCUGUGAAAAAAGAGGACAAGGGAACGUACUGCUGUGUGGCCAGCAACCCUGUCAGCCAGGGUCAGCACAGCGGGAACAUGGAACUUGAUGUCUAUUACGGUCCCUACAACCUGGAAGUGAACUCGGGCCAGGGCCUUCGCACAGGAGAAGUGUUCACCAUCAACCCCGGAGAGCUGGUCUUCUUUGAAUGCCAGGCUGAUUCCAACCCACCCAACAGCUACGUCUGGAUCUCUAAGAGCCGCAACGCCACCCAGGUCAUCACUAAGGGCCCACGACUGGAGGUGCGCUCCUACAGACUGGCCCAGGCUGAGGAGUACUUGUGCCGCGCCUUCAAUAAUGUGACACAGAAGCAUGACGAGGCGCAGUUUACUCUGGUGGUGGCCAGUUUGGGAACAGGGAAAGAGAAACACACCCAGGAUGGUAGCCCUGUGUCCCCUCUUGCAGCCAUCACUAUCUGCUCUUUGUUCAUCAUUGGAGGUAUGCUGCUGUUCUUCAUCAGGAGAGCCUGCCAUCCUAAGAGAGUGCUAAUGAGCAUUUACAAGAGACCACUUUCAGAGCAGAAACGACCACAUCGUUCGGGUCAUGAGGAUGCUACAGAAGACUUUGGCAUCUACGAGUUUGUUUCCAUACCUGGGAAAAUGGAGUCUGCACAGGCAUCAUGCAGAUCUCUGGCUCGUCUUGAGUCAGUUCAGGAUAUGCACACCACCAUCUACGAUGUGAUCAGACAUGUUCCUGAAACCCCUAAUCACAGUUUGCUGAAGUAACUUCCAGCUGGAGAGUUGAGAUGUAACUUACAGUCAUUUCACUUGAAGACUCUUGUGUAGCUUUAUUCUCUUAAGUCCCUGAACACUUGUUUCAGCGGGCCAUUUUUUUGCACAGGGGAUGAAGGAGACUUGUGUGAGUACACAACCAGAUCAUGCACUGUUAUUGCCCAGAGUAUGGGGCAGAUGUUAAAUGUCUUGCUGAGAUUAUUGUGAGAUGAAAGUGUGUGUGUGGCUUGAUUUAUUUUUUAUUAUGUGAAAGUAUAACUGAAGUCAAGUCUGUUUUACUUUUUCCAUUCAGAAAUGAAGAUUACUACUAUCAUAUACAACCCUGAUUCCAAACAAGUUGGGACAAUAUAAAACAAAUACUGGAAAACCAGAAUGUGAUCAUUUGCAAAUAAUUUUUGACAUACACCCAAUUGAAACAGUACAAAGACAUUAUCAAAGACAAUAUAGGUAAUAUUUCGUGUGUUUUACCUCAUCAACUUAACUGAUUGUUGUGAAUACAUGCUUAUUCUGAAUUUGAUGCCAGCAACACAUUUCAUACAGGUUGGGACAGGCACAACAAAAGACUGGGAAAGUUGCUGAAUGCUCAGAAAGCACCUGUUUGGAACAUUCCACAGGCAAACAGGUUCAUUAGGAACAGGCGGCACUAUCAUGUCUGGAUAUGAAAGAGGCAACUUCAAUCAUUCACAAGCAAGAAUGGUACAGCAUUCACCACUUUGUGAAACACAUAAUUGAAUAAAAGCUAUUACAUGGGCUUGUUAACACUUUCUAGAGCCGUUUAAACACAUUUUGUUUGCAAAUGAGUUUCUCCCCUUAUUUGGAAUCAGUGUUAUAUUCAACAAAAGGAAGUUAGCAGGAAUCAUUUUUACAUUAUCUUGAAGGUGAGGUACUUACAAGGUACCCAAGUUCCCAUAUCUUAAUUAUUAUUUAAAGCAUAUGUUUAAAUCCUAACGUCUUAUUUGCUGUUUCAUUAAAUUGUUUCUAAAUGAGAGUCUGUGUUGUGAGAAGACAAGUGUUAUGAUGCAUUUUCUUGUAUGAAAUGUAAGUGUAAAUAUUGUAGAUGGAUUAUACUGCAGAUUCUUUAUACCUAUUAUUCUAUUUCUAUGUUUGCGCAAAUCUAUUUAUUCCUAUAGAAAACUUCACCCUGUUUCCACAAAAUGUAGCAUUUCAUCUGCUCAAUAUGGAUAUAAUGAAAAGUUGGAACAAGGAAAAAUGAUUAUUGAUUCAUAAAUUAUUGUACAGUUUGCAUUCACAUGUUUGUUUUGUACUUAAUUAAAGACAUAACUAUUUACUA